AAUAGUUUGUCUAGUCAAAGGUGGUUAUGUUAAGCUUCGAAUGAAAGAAGAAGGGGACUGCAAAGCACCUUUCUGGACCAUGUAAUCUACUACUGGGUUUUCCAAUGGAGGAGACAAUGUUGACACUGCCGGGUGAAGAGAAGCCCCAGAAGCAGCUGAGGUUCCGCGUGGCUUCGGGGAAUAGCGGUCGGGUGCUGAAGGAGAUUUUUAAAGAUGAGGGGCCAUCAGACUCGUUGGAUUCAGACUGCACCAGUAGUUUGGAUGUAGACCGGAUCAGUACACCUUCCACAAGUGGAGAUGCUAACGGACAUGGUUUUCUGUAUGGGUUUCUGGGCUCCGAGUUGGAUUAUAGCGAGAGUGAGCCAGAGGAUCUGCUCAUGUAUGCGGGGACCUCAAAGGACAGAGCACCGAUCAGCCACAAGCGUGUCAACAUCCUCAGCAACAAUGGGACUGUGAGGGGAGUCAAGCACAAAGUCAGUGCAGGUCAGGCCUUAUUUGAAAAUCUCCCUAAUGCAUUUGGGCCGAAGUUGACACUAGAGUUUGGGCGGAUAGUGAUAUACACCACCAGCUUCCGAGUAGUAAGGGCCACAUUUGAGAGGUGUGAGUUGGUCCGGAAGAUCUUCUCCAACCACAGGGUUAAGUUCCUGGAAAAGAACAUAGCCCUGGACUGUGAGUAUGGGAAGGACCUGGAGGAACGAUGCAAGCAUGUGGGCGAACCUCCCUCGCUACCAGUCGUGUUCAUCGAUGGACACUAUCUCGGGGGUGCUGAAAAAAUAUUGGGCAUGAAUGAAUCAGGAGAACUUCAGGAUCUUCUGGCCAAAAUUGAGGUAAUUGUUCAUCAAGUACCACCAUGCGACAGAUAUAAUACGUUCAGUAAUAACACAGGUAACUGCACAGUUAUUAACUAGUUAAAUGUCAUGUUUCAAAUGAUGCCUCUGUCCAAACAAACAUCAAUGAAACACAGGCUAGCAGUAGAGCACUUCUAUACCACAUUGGCUACUCAUCUACUGUGACAAAAUACCAGUUCUAUGUAUCUGUGAUCUAGAGCAGUGGUUCCCAGUCCUAGUCCUGGGGACCCAAAGCCUGAUGAUAAGUUGAUGAUUUGAAUCAGGUGUGUAGUGCUUUGAUUCAAAUCAUCAACACCUGAUGACAAGUUGAUGAUUUGAAUCAGGUGUGAAGUGCUUUGAUUCAAAUCAUCAAAGCCUGAUGACAAGUUGAUGAUUUGAAUUAGAUGUGUAGUGCUUUGAUUCAAAUCAUCAAAGCCUGAUGACAAGUUGAUGAUUUGAAUUAGAUGUGUGGUGCUUUGAUUCAAUCAUCAAAGCCUGAUGACAAGUUUAUGAUUUGAAUUAGAUGUGUAGUGCUUUGAAAUCAUCAAAGCCUGAUGACAAGUUGAUGAUUUGAAUUAGAUGUGUAGUGCUUUGAUUCAAAUCAUCAAAGCCUGAUGACAAGUUGAUGAUUUGAAUUAGAUGUGUGGUGCUUUGAUUCAAAUCAUCAAAGCCUGAUGACAAGUUUAUGAUUUGAAUUAGAUGUGUAGUGCUUUGAUUCAAAUCAUCAAAGCCUGAUGACAAGUUGAUGAUUUGAAUCAGAUGUGUAGUUCUUUGAUUCAAAUCAUCAAAGCCUGAUGACAAG